AUGGUCCAGCUCUGUGAAGCCCUCGGCCGUUCUGUCCAGGUGGUGAACUUAGACCCCGCGGCGGAGCAUUUCAACUAUGAUGUGAUGGCUGACAUCCGGGAACUGAUCAAUGUGGAUGAUGUGAUGGAGGAAGGCUCCCUGCGCUUCGGUCCCAAUGGAGGACUGGUUUUUUGCAUGGAGAACUUUGCCAAUAACUUUGAGUGGCUGGAGAACUGCCUUGGCCAUGUCGAGGAUGACUACAUCCUUUUUGACUGUCCAGACAUCCGGGAACUGAUCGAGGUGGAUGAUGUGAUGGAGGAUGGUUCCCUGCGCUUCGGUCCCAAUGGAGGACUGGUGUUUUGCAUGGAGUACUUCGCCAGUAACUUUGAGUGGCUGGAGAACUGCCUUGGCCAUGUCGAGGAUGACUGCAUCCUUUUUGACUGUCCAGUGUCCUACACUUGGGGGUUUUACAACCACGAUUUCUUGAGCACCUACUGUGCCACCAUGGUCCAGCUCUGUGAAGCCCUCGGCCGUUCUGUCCAGGUGGUGAACUUAGACCCCGCGGCAGAGCAUUUCAACUAUGAUGUGAUGGCUGACAUCCGGGAACUGAUCGAUGUGGAUGAUGUGAUGGAGGGAGGCUCCCUGCGCUUCGGUCCCAAUGGAGGACUGGUUUUUUGCAUGGAGAACUUUGCCAAUAACUUUGAGUGGCUGGAGAACUGCCUUGGCCAUGUCGAGGAUGACUACAUCCUUUUUGACUCUCCAGGUCAGAUUGAGUUGCACACACACCUGCCCGUGAUGAAACAGCUGGUUCAGCAGCUGGAACUGUGGGUGUUCCGAGUCUGUGGAGUGUUUCUUGUUGAUUCUCAAUUCAUGGCGGAGUCGUUCAAGUUUGUUUCUGGCAUCUUGGCAGCCUUGAGUGCUAUGGUAUCUCUAGAAAUCCCGCAAGUUAACAUCAUGAUGAAAAUGGACCUGCUGAGUAAAAGAGCUAAAAAGGAAAUUGAGAAGUUUCUAGAUCCAGACAUGUAUUCCUUAUUAGAUGAUUCUACAAGUAACUUCAGAAGCAAAAAAUUUAAAAAAUUGACUAACGCCAUAUGUGGGCUGAUUGAUGACUGCAGCAUGGUCCGAUUUUUGCCUUACGAUCAGUGAGAAGAAAGCAGGAACAUUGUAUUACAGCAUAUUGAUUUUGCCAUUCAGUACGGAGAAGACUUGGAAUUCAAAGAACCCAAGGAACAUGAAGAUGAGUUGUCUUCUAUUUUGGAUGAAUAUUUUCAAGAAUGCCAGAACAAAUGA